AAAACGGUAAACUCAUCACAAACUUUAGUUACUUUGUGUUUUGUCCUUUGUGUAAUGAAGAAGAUCCAACUACCAAUCAGUGUUUUGUGUUGACCGUUGAUUUCUCAGAUCUGACUUUAUUUCUCCUUCUCCUUUUGUAAUCAUUUUGAUCUCUUCUUCUCCCAGAUUGGAGGAGACAUGACGGCGGCACAAAAGAACUCUAACGAGACUCUGUUUUCUUCUUACAAGAUGGGAAGAUUCGAUCUCUCUCAUCGAGUAGUUCUGGCGCCGAUGACGCGGUGCAGGGCGUUGAACGGAGUUCCAAACGCGGCGUUGGUGGAGUAUUACGCUCAACGCACCACUCCCGGCGGCUUUCUCAUCUCCGAAGGCACCAUGGUCUCUCCAGGAUCCGCAGGGUUCCCACAUGUGCCUGGAAUCUAUUCGGAUGAACAAGUAGAGGCAUGGAAGCAAGUUGUGGAAGCAGUUCACGCUAAGGGAGGUUUUAUCUUUUGUCAAUUAUGGCAUGUUGGACGUGCUUCUCAUCCAGUGUAUCAACCUAAUGGAGGGUCGCCAAUAUCUUCAACGAACAUACCCAUCUCAGAAAAAAGGUGGCGAGUUUUGUUGCCUGAUGGGUCCUACGCGAAGUACCCGAAACCCCGGGCUUUAGAAGCUUCCGAGAUACCUCGAGUGGUGGAGGAUUAUUGCCGCUCUGCUUUGAAUGCUAUCCGAGCUGGUUUCGAUGGGAUUGAGAUUCACGGGGCGCAUGGUUACCUCAUUGAUCAGUUUUUGAAAGACGGGAUCAAUGAUCGUACUGAUGAAUACGGAGGCUCCAUUGCAAACCGUUGUAGAUUCUUGAAACAAGUAGUGGAAGGUGUAGUUUCAGCCAUAGGAGCUAGUAAAGUUGGUGUGAGAGUAUCUCCAGCGAUAGACCACUUGGAUGCAACUGAUUCUGACCCAUUAUCCCUCGGGUUAGCCGUGGUUGAUGUGCUCAAUAAGUUACAAGAUGUUAAUGGCUCGAAGCUUGCUUACCUUCACGUUACACAGCCUCGUUACCACGCCUAUGGGCAAACAGAGUCUGGAAGGCAAGGCAGUGAUGAGGAAGAAGCUAAGUUAAUGAGAAGCUUGAGAAUGGCUUACAAUGGAACCUUUAUGUCUAGUGGAGGAUUCAAUAAAGAACUAGGCAUGAAAGCAGUUCAAGAAGGUGAUGCUGAUUUGGUUUCAUAUGGGAGGCUGUUUAUUGCAAACCCGGAUUUGGUUUUGCGGUUCAAGAUUGAUGGAAAGUUGAAUAAAUAUAAUCGGAAGACGUUUUACACUCAAGAUCCAGUUGUUGGCUACACGGAUUAUCCUUUCUUGGCUCCUUUUUCUCGCCUUUGAGUUUGAUAAUCGAGGAGAAGAUAUAUUGAUGUUGUAUAAAGACUAUAUAUUGAUAUGUAAAAUGACAAUGGUAUUGUUAUCCACUUAAUAAAUAGUCGUGUAUCUU